AUGCCCCUCAUAGGAAAAUAUUUUCAUUUUCUUAUAUUGUGUCUGUUGAGCCUGAUUGGGCUAGUAUUAGCCGCAAAUCCAGUACCUUUGACCAAUGUUUGCUACUUUCCCGAAGAAUAUCCAAGACAGGCUGGCUUUCGUGCAAUAACAGCAGGACUUGCCUCUACAAUCUUACAAGGGUCCGUCGAUGAGUUGCUAAACUACUCUGGUCUUUCUUCAUUGACCACACAACAAACGACAACUACAACCCCGAACUUUCAGUUGCCAACACUGCCUCUACCAACGAACGUGUAUGGGCUUACGGUGGUACCGUUAUACCUUCUAGUCCAAUUGCAAGGUUAUUUUGUACCGCCUGUUUCCGGACAAUACACAUUUUCAUUAGAAAAUACAAACGAUGCCGCUAUCAUCUUCUUCGGCAACCCAUCUGCAUUUCCAUGCGGCGAUCUAUCCGCAUGGCCUCAGGCCAGUGCUGAUGAUAUUACAGUCACAGAUGGUACUUUUCCGUCAAGAACGUUGUUUCUGAAAGCCGGAGUAGCGUACCCAAUGCGAAUUUCUUACUAUAACUCUUUGGGCUCAGGAAAUUUGGCAGUUUCGUUCACAGAUCCCGGCGGAACCAAACGCACGAACUGGAACGGAUACAUCUGGAGAUACAACUCAUGUUCCACAUGCACAUACACUCCGCCACCAGCUGGCACCACAAUUUACUCCUCUGGAUGGCUUCUUGACAGCACAACUGUGACAACUAGUUAUAGUUUAUAUACAGGUAUUGAUGGCGUGGAAAGUACUUAUACGCUUUAUAAGGUGGGUGUGCCAACUAUUACACCUUCCCUUGAAGUACCACCAUUGACUACAGUCACGCUAAGUUACAAUGAAUACAAUGAGGAAAAUGUAGUUAGCUAUUAUAGCACGACUACGGAUGAUGGCAGUCCCAUAAUUGCAAGCACAACAUUGACAAUUCGAACUAUCUAUUCAGAAGCUCCAGAACCAAUAACAAUUACGAUAGAAAUACAACCAGGACUAACAAACUAUGAAAUAAUAUCCUACUGGACUACAACCAACGCAGAUGGACAAUUUAUAACAACCAGCACCUCGACGACGUACAGUCCACCGCCUGUUGGGACGGUGAGUGUGUAUGAGAACCACGAGCUGGUUGAGGAUGUGUACUCUUACUUCAUCACACUGGAUGGGUCUGGGAACAUCAUCACGGACAGCGUUCUGAUCUCUGCUACGACGAUCUACGAUGCAGCGCCCGAGCCUUCGACGAAUGUGAUUGACCUGGGGGAGGAGGUGACUGGGUAUGAGGUUAUUUCCUUCUACACGACAGUCGACGGGGAUGGUAAGGUGGUCACCACCAGCACCUCGACGACGUACAGUCCACCGCCUGUUGGGACGGUGAGUGUGUAUGAGAACCACGAGCUGGUUGAGGAUGUGUACUCUUACUUCAUCACACUGGAUGGGUCUGGGAACAUCAUCACGGACAGCGUUCUGAUCUCUGCUACGACGAUCUACGAUGCAGCGCCCGAGCCUUCGACGAAUGUGAUUGACCUGGGCGAGGAGGUGACUGGGUAUGAGGUUGUAACGUAUUGGACUAUGACGAACGAAGCGGGCGAUCUGAUCACUACUAGCAGCACGGUGACAUACAGUCCCCCCGCAAUCACUGUUGUCGGAACCACUGGCAGUAACUAUGUAGAGUCUGAUUGGAUCUCUUUCUUUAUCACGAGGGAUGUGGAAGGCCAGUUGGUUACGGGAAGUACAACUUUGAACGGCACGCGUGAGUACAUUGAAGCUGAGGUAGUGGAGACUUCAUUGUUAUCAGUACCCACUGCAGAGACAAGGACCAUAGAUUCAGGAAAUGGAGUGACUGAGUAUGAGGUUGUAACGCAUUGGACUACGACGAACGAAGCGGGCGAUCUGAUCACUACUAGCAGCACGGUGACAUACAGUCCCCCCGCAAUCACUGUUGUCGGAACCACUGGCAGUAACUAUGUAGAGUCUGAUUGGAUCUCUUUCUUUAUCACGAGGGAUGUGGAAGGCCAGUUGGUUACGGGAAGUACAACUUUGAACGGCACGCGUGAGUACAUUGAAGCUGAGGUAGUGGAGACUUCAUUGUUAUCAGUACCCACUGCAGAGACAAGGACCAUAGAUUCAGGAAAUGGAGUGACUGAGUAUGAGGUUGUAACGCAUUGGACUACGACGAACGAAGCGGGCGAUCUGAUCACUACUAGCAGCACGGUGACAUACAGUCCCCCCGCAAUCACUGUUGUCGGAACCACUGGCAGUAACUAUGUAGAGUCUGAUUGGAUCUCUUUCUUUAUCACGAGGGAUGUGGAAGGCCAGUUGAUUACAGGAAGUAGCAUUGUUGAUUAUUCCUUUUUUUCUGCGUUGAACAGAACAAUUUCUAAUGCUGGAAGUAAUAGCUUAUCUGAGGAAGCGUCUUCUCAGACUUCCAUUUCUGAUCUUAAACCUGAUAUAGCAACAAUCACUAAUCUCAGAGCAACAUCUAGUAUUACCAUGUCUUCCUAUGUCAGCUCCGCAAAAAGAUGGAGCAAUAGUUCGAAAGAAAUUAAAAUCAGUACUAGUUCAUCUGCAACCUCAAAUAAAGAACUCACAAAAGCUAGUUCUUAUUAUCUAAAGGGGACCAUUGUUAACACUAUUGCUAAUGUACCUGGAGCGCUCUCUAGUAAGAAUGCUAUUUCAAAUAGUGUAGGGGUUCACCCCCCAAUUAAAACUGAUGAGGCAACGUCAGCGACCAGUUCAUAUGGAAACUCAAGAAUGGACACACAUUCAUGGGUUCCUAGCAGUAAGAGCUCCCCAACUCCAAGUUCGGUUGAAUCAAGUAACAUUUCAUCAGUAAUUAAUCAGUUUGAAAAUAAUACAACGUUAGAAACUAGAAGGAAGACUAAUAUCGAAAGUAAAAUGUCUCAGAGCUCAAGUCAUGAUAAUGAGCUAUAUGGAUCCUUUUACGGAGGAAGUCCGCACACUAGAGAGGGGAACCUAUCUGUGGCUUUAGUGAUUAUUCUAGUUCAAUUUCUGCUGUAA